AAUCCAAGAAGAUUUGCUGAACAUGAGGCACUGUGUGGCGAUGCUGGCGGUCGGAGUGGCCCUCCUGGGUGCUACCGCUGCCCAGGAGCAGUACAAGGGCUACUUCCAAUACCUGAACGUGAAGGCGCCUAAGGAGUAUGAGCACGGCUACAAGCGCGGCAACGAGUACCACAACCGCGACCACUACCAGCAGAACAAGGACCACCGCUUCAGGGCCAAGGUCGGCUGGAACGAUAAGUCGGGAGGAAGCGGAGAGCAUUACUUCGAGUACAACCACGCACCCAAGCAAGCCGAAUAUAAGGAGCCGGCUCCGUACGCUCCGGAGCCGGCCCCGUACGCGCCGGAGCCGGCCCCGUACGCUCCGGAGCCGGCCCCGUACGCUCCGGAGCCGGCCCCGUAUGUGCCCGUUUACGAGUGAUUGACAGACUGGAUGAGCAAACGAGAACCGUACAAGGGAAUAGCUAGUCGAUGGCAGCAAAUACCAGGCGCUUUCAUUUGUUAUUUGUUACAGCUUCGCACAUCGAAGCUGCACCUGAGUGAUCCGCUUGUUUAUUGUACUCGUAUGUUGGCAGUCGAAUACAUCUAGGUACUUUUUCGAAUGGGAAUACUUCUUGCCUGUGCAUUGUGCAGUACCUACACAUUACAGUAAGUGCUGCAUGUGCAUUGUGCAUUGUGCAAUGUCCAUCUUCGGAAGUACGACUGGAUCUUUUUUUUAUAAAUUUA